AUGUCUCGUGUAGUGAACUAUACAAGGCCCAAUGCCAACAAUAUCGGCCUAUGUCUCCUAGGAGGGCUAGCCAUUCAUAUAUUGAUAGGGUUUAAAAGGUUCUUUUUCUAUUCAGGUGUUUCUAUAGGAACAAUUUUGGUUUUUAUUGUGGCAAUCACAUACUAUAUCUUUGCAUAUAACUUCCCCAAACAACAAGAAUCCAGUACUAAAACCCAUUUCAAGUUUUUAGAUAACCAUGAAUGGCAAGAUGAAGUGGCCAAGUUAUCAAUCGAUACAGAAACUUUGACCAAACCUAUAUUUGAGGAAUCUUUCUUGAUAUCAGAGACUUUAGAUGAGUUUAUCAAUUUGAUCCUUCAGGAAUUCAUUGAUAGUUGGUACGGAAGGAUCAUUAAAGAUACCUUGUUCCAGGAUAGUAUAAGAAUUGAACUCAAGCAUGUGUUUUUGCAGUUGAAAGUCCGAUUGGGAAACAUGGAUAUCGCCAAGUUCUUAGUGUCUAAAUUGGUACCCAUUAUCAAUGAUCAUUUAUCUGACUACUUACGGGCCGAAGAAAGAGUUCAAGCAAAGAUUAAUAACAACAAGGGAGGAAUCGAACCUAUAGAUCAUGAUAUUGAUGUGGCCAGACAGUAUCGUAGGGGUAAAAUCCAUCAAGGAGUAACUAUCACCAAAAAUGAAGUCACUAAUAUUAACGAGAAGAAGUACCUCCGAAGUUUGAUUGGACAAAUCUUACCCUUCUUAUUGUCCGAUAAGGAAAACACCAAUGAAGUGGGGCUCACAUUAGUACGAGAGAUUCUUUCAUGUACGGUUCUAUCCAAUAUCAUUCAAAUGACAGGGGAAGGAGAUUUCUAUAAUCUUUUGAUUAUCAAAUUGAUCGGAGAUCGAUUGAAAAGACAAGAUCAAGUAAAAAAGUUACGUGAAGCUUUAGAUGAACAUACUAAGAAAGAUUAUGAUGGUAUGAAAGAGUAUAUGAUCACAGAAGAUAUGGAUGUUAUUAGUUUCAAUAAUUGUUUAGAUAAGAUCAAUGAGAUCACUGAUAUUGAUGAUUUGAAGCAACUUCGACUUUAUUUCUCCUUACAGAUGGUCAACAAGACGGACGAUACCCUCAAAACAAGGAUCAAGGAAGCUCAAAACCGGGUUGAAAGUAAGAUUUCUGAUAUACAAAGAAGUGAAAAGGCCAGUUUGACCACUGUACUUCAUGAUACCAAGUUAUUGGCAGAGUUCAAAAGAUUCUUGAAGAAUAAGAGGAAUUUGGAUAUCCUUGAGUUUUACUUAGCUGUGGAGAAACUUAAAGCUCCCUUAACUUUGGAUAACGAUAAAUUAUCGUUAUCUUUAGGGUUUUCCAAUUCUGACGAAAUAAGAGAUAUCUCACAAAAACUCAAACUGAUAGAUUUAAAAGACAGGGAUUAUAGUGUGAUAAAUCGAUAUAUCAACUGUAAAGACUUACUUGAAAAGACGGUAUUAUAUCAACAAGCACAAACCACAUUGUUUGAUAUUCAAAGUGAAGUUUUGACUACUUUACAAAUAGAAUUCGAUGCGUUCAGUAACACUAAUGAAUACCUUGAGAUCAUCAAUAAGGAAAAAGAGAAACAAGAAAUCAGUCCUAUUGUAAUACAAGCCGUGGAAGAUGCUUUUACCCAAAUCAUGAAUAAUAAUGAUGAUAAGUUGUAUGAACCUGAUAAGAAGCUUCUGACAAUUGAUUUGAAAAAAGAUUUAUUUGGAGAAACUUCCACUUUAUUCUCUGAUCAAACUAGGUACAGUAAGUUAUUUGAAGAUUUGAGUGACGAGUCAGGUACUGAUAGUGAUUCUAUCAAUGAUGAUAACCUUGCUAAUUCCAUAGAUUUGGAAAAUAGCAUUGAACUUAAUGAUGAAAAUGAUGAGAGACUUGACCAAUCAUUGGUUUUAGCAGCACCAGGGAAUUUGAAAUUGACUGAAGAAAUUGGGAAAUUGACCGAUGAUAUCAACAGAUUAACCGAACAACAGAAUAUCGUCAUAUCUUUGAUCAAAAAGGCCGAAAUCACCAAAAACCUCAGUGAAUUGAAAAUCCUUAGAAACUCCAAGGUUAGUUUGGAGAAAGAAAUCAAUAAUAAGGAAUUACAAAAACAACAAUAUAUCGUUCAAGAGAAUGACAACAGUUUGUUUGGGAGAUCUCGAGUUAGUUGUCAAAGUUAUAUCAUAGGUAAUGAAAAUGGGAAAGAAUUCAUUCUUUACAUUAUAGAAGUUCAGAGAUUUUCUAAUGAUGACCCUUCGAAUAAUACUGCUGGUUGGAUUAUCGCCAGAAGGUUUAGUCAAUUUUUUAAACUACAUGAAUAUUUGAAGAACAGGUACCCUAAAGUUGCCAACUUGAAGUUCCCCAGAAAGACCAUGUUCAAAUUACAUCAACGUCAAAUUAUAGAACAAAGAAGAAUCGCCUUGGAAGAAUAUUUAAAGGAAGUGAUCCAAAUACCUGAAGUAUGUUCUGAUAAAGCUUUUAGAUCGUUCUUAUCAUCAGAAACUUUCAAUCUCAGGAAGAACCAGGGUUUCGAUGAUAACUUAACCACCAAAAAGGAACUGAUCACAAAAAUAUUCAAUGGGUUCAAAAAAACAGAAUCUACAGAAUCUAAAGCUCCCAACAAUGAAAACUUGAAAGAGAUGGAGAAAGAAUUGAAAUCCUUCGAUGAGAAAGAACUCUUCAUCAAACCAGUGAUUGAUAUUUUAAUCACUAUUUUCAAACUUAAGAAUUCCAAAAAUUGGUUAAGAGGUAGGGCUUUGAUCGUGAUCUUACAACAAAUCUUUGGUACCACCAUUGAAAGAAAACUUUAUGACCAGAUCAAACAACUUACUCAGGAAGAGAAAUUAUUAGACAUUUUGAUAUUAUUGAAGAAUAUCGUUUUCCCAAAUGGGAAAUUCAAAGAUCCUCCUAUAAUCAGAUCAAAUUAUGAGAAAGCUACUACCAAAGAAGAGUCAUCAAUUUUCUUGAAUAAUUUCAUGGAUGAAACUUUCACCACCAUUUUUGGAACUUCUAACACCAGAUUCGCCAAUGGGCUUAUUUUCAAUGUUUUACAAAAUGAUUUUCUUUUGAAACAUCUCAUCUUUGAAAUAUUCGAUGAACUCAUCAACGAAUUAUUCCCUGAAUUGUCCAUAGAUUAA